CUUUGUGCAACAGAGAGCCAAACAUAGUACAGCUGACUCGCUUGAGACAGGCAGAAAGAUCUUACAGCUGAACCAAAACAAAAAGAAAAAACUGAGAAGAUGAAGCUGACGUUGGCAGCCCUGGCACUUUGUGUGGCAUUCCUGACGGAGGCAGCCGCCGGCUUCCUUGGUUUUGAAAGGAAAGGCAAGGAGAACAAGGUGCAAUACGCCUCCUGGGACGAGGUCAACGUGAUCGCCCACGGGCUGCUUCAGCUGGGCCACGGACUCAAGGAGCAUGUGGACAAGACCAAGGGCCAGAUUAAGGACAUCACGGCCAAGCUGAGCUCCUUCAACAGCACGGUGUCUGAGCUGGGCAGGCAGACGCAGAGGCUGCAAGAGGAAGGGGAGGUCCUGAAGGCGAGAGCUCGGGGGCUGGAGGACAGGGAGAGCCUGGUUCUCAGAGUCUCGGCUGAGCUGAAGCAGAGAGCCGAGCAGAUGGAGAAGGAGGAGGGGAGGGUGCGCCAGCUAGAGGGGAAGGUAGACGAUCUCCUGCAGGCACAAGGUUCAGGGCUCAGCAGUGCCAGCGUGAGCAGAAGCAGCAGCGACAUCCAUACCAUGCAGAAACUCCUGGAGGCACAGGACAGGCGCAUUGACGAGCUGGUGGAGAGAAUCAAACAACAGCAAGACAAGCUGGACAAGCAGAACGGACGCAUCAGGAACCUCCAGAGUCAGCUGGAGCAACGCAAAGCUGCAAGCCCAAAGCUGAAGACCAUUCUGAGACACAAAGUAGAAGAGACUCAGAACACCAGCGCAGAGCAAGCUGAUUCCAGUGAGCUCCCCGCUGACUGCCACAUGCUGUUUCUGAGAGGACAGAGGCUCAGUGGCGUCUACAAAAUCCAGCCCCAGGCUUCAGAGCCAUUCCAGGCCUACUGCGAAAUGACAGCAGAAGGAGGAUGGACAAUGAUUCAGAGGCGUCAGGAUGGGGCAGUAGAUUUUGACCAGCUCUGGCAGGCGUACAAGAAUGGGUUCGGCACGCUCAAUGGAGAGUUCUGGCUGGGUUUGGAGCAGAUUCACGCCUUGUCAAGACAAGGAGGCUAUAUUCUGCACGUGCAGCUGACUGACUGGAACGACCAAGUCCAGUUCGUCGAGUAUUCCUUCAGACUGGGAGGAGAGGAGAGCAGCUAUACCCUUCAUCUCCAAGAGGGGGCGCCAGGGAACCUGGAGAACGCUCUGAGUACAGACUCCAGCGGACUUCCCUUUUCCACCCGUGACCGAGACAGUGACCUCAAAUCAGACAUAAACUGCGCUAAGCAUCUCACAGGUGGCUGGUGGUUCAGUAACUGCGGACGCGCCAACCUCAACGGGAAGUAUUUCAGCAGCGUUCCGCGCCAGAGACACGCGAGGAAGCAGGGCAUGUUCUGGAAGACCUGGAGAGGGCGCUACUAUCCACUGAAAUCCACCGUCAUGAAGAUCGCUCCCGUCGAGAUAGAGCACGACUCCUCGUAGAGCGAGGGAAACAGCGCCUUCUGCUGGGCGCUUAUGGAACUGCACCGCUGAGUACAUACAUCAGCUCCCUGACUGGUGCUAAAGACAGUUUACAGACUUGAAAACACCAGCUAGGUGCACAGCCCCAGAACCAAAGAGAGGAAAGAGACAGAGAGGGGAGGGGAUCAGGGUUGUUUCCACGGCUAGCUUGGAAACAGAGACCAAAUGAAAGUGGGCCUUCCUCUUAACGUGGUAUCACGGUUCUGAAAGGAAAGAGACACGGACGAGCUGGGGUUUUUUUAAACUACAUUUUCAAAGCUUUUUAAAACUCUUUUUUAAAAGAGAAUGCAACGGAACAAUGCAGAAUUGUAUUACUUGUCUUUUUUGUUUUUUUAACAUGCAAUUCUUACACUGUGUCAAAGCUAGUUCACGGCCUGUCAGCUAAAACGACAUGCAUAGGUGGUCAAUUAAUUACAUUUUCAUAACAUUAAGGCUAAUUUACGACUGUUGCAUCGAUUUCCCACAGAUAUUGAUACUGUUACACAGCACUAAGCACAGUGGAAGUCCUGUGUAUUUAUACUGCACCAUCAAUACAAUUCCCUACAUGCACCAGCAAUCUACAUGGCAGUAACCACGAUAGUUAUGCUGUUGAAUUGCCCGCAAAACAGAUAAGUGCACAAAGUUUUACUGUAAUUAUUGUAUUGAUUUUUCUGAGGGGUGUGUAUGGGAGUUGGGGUGGAGGGGAGGGGGGGGGUUGGUGGUAUAUGCCAGCUUCAAGGUCAAAUGUGUCCAUGAAUGGUGAGUUAUAGCUAAGAACCUUAAGGUACAUUAUAAUAAUGCCUUAAGUGUAGGCAGGGUGGCUAAACUGAAGAAGUGGCAUUCACUGAGCUGUGUUUACCGUUCCACGAUUUCAAAAGCAGCUUCUGAAGAAUGUGGCUUUUCUAAUUGCACACAGCUGAUCUCGCUCAUGUUGGCAUCACUUUGAAAGGAUUGGGCCUGCGGACAAUAAUAUACUGCAGGGAGGGCUGACCUUGAGGUGUCCUGUGAUUGGCAGCCACACAGAGCUCUCAUUCCACUGCUUCAAACAGAUGGCAUUUUCUUGUUCAGUCACGUUGACUGCGUCCAGAAGGCCUCUUCUGCGCCUCCAGUACCUGGAAAUAGAGAGGGGCAAACAGCUUUGAGCAUUCCAUCUUUGUAAAUGUCAAGUGCUCUGCUAUUUGUACAGCUGUUCUUGUUCUUGUUCUUCUUGUAGUUAUUUUAGUUUUUUUUUUUAUAUUUAAAUGUUGUAAAAAGUUAAGUGUUUCUUUACUUUUUGUAAUUUAUAUAUCAUUUUCUACAGUGAAUUCAACUUUUCUGAGCUUCAAAAACCAACAAAAAAAUAAAUAAAUAAUGAAAUCAA